CGAGGACUGAAGUCAGUCUCGCGCUCUCAUGGGCGGUGGUUGGUGAACGAAAGCGACAACACCUACAAGCAAGCAAGAAUGAGCGACAGCAAAGGCACCACCACCACUGCCACUGCCACGACGGCAGCACAUGGGCACGGGUCCAACGGGCAGGAACCCUUUUCACAGCAACAACCACAACAGCUGUACCAGCAGCAACAGCAGGAACAAUCACAACAACAAUCACAGCAGCCGCAACAGCCGCACCAGCAGUCACAGCAGUUUGCAAGCGACGAAGAUGAGUUUGAGACGCACACGUUUCCAAACGCCAGCUUUCGGUUGGAAAAGCGGUUCAGACCAGACAAGAUUGUCGGGUAUGGCGCGUACGGCGUGGUGUGUGCUGCAACAGACACGGUGAGCCAGCGCCGCGUAGCCAUAAAGAAGAUCUCAUCCGCAUUCAAACUGCCGGAGAUGACAAAGCGCACGCUGCGCGAGCUGCGGUUCCUGCGCCACUUCCACUCCCACAAGAACAUCAUCUCCGUCCUCACCAUCGCCAAGCCGCCAUCGGACCUGAGCCGCUUCAACGACAUCUACGUCGUCAUGGAGCUGCAGGAAACAAACCUGCAUCGCAUCAUUCACUCGAAGCAGCCGCUCUCCGAGGAGCACGUGCGCUACUUCAUGUUCCAGCUUCUCAGCGGGCUGCAGUACAUCCACGCUGCCAGCGUGCUGCACCGCGACAUCAAGCCAGGCAACCUGCUCAUCAACAGCGACUGCUCCCUGAAGAUCUGUGACUUUGGCAUGGCCCGCGCAAUGGCCAGUACCCCGGAGGAGCACGCGGGGUUCAUGACCGCAUAUGUGGCCACGCGCUGGUACCGCGCACCAGAGGUGAUGCUGUCGUUCAACCGGUACACGCAGGCCAUCGACGUGUGGUCGGCGGCGUGUGUGCUGGGCGAGAUGCUUGGCCGGCGCUACCUGUUCCCGGGCCAGGACUACAUCCACCAGCUCGUGCUCAUCCUCACGCUGCUGGGAUCGCCAUCUGCUGAGCUGAAACGGCGCAUUGGUAGUGAGCUUGCACGGCGCUAUCUUGACACCCUGCCACACCUUGACCCCGUCCCGCUUCGCCAAGUCUACAGAGACGCCAGUGACACCGUGCUUGAUCUGCUGAGCAAGAUGCUUCAGUUUGACCCCGCCCAGCGCUGCACCGUAUCCGAUGCCCUGCACCACCCGUUCUUCGCCAAAUACCACAGCCAGAUCCCAUCGGCACCGCCGUCCGUGCCCGCCUUUGACUUUGAAUACGAGAAUCGUGCGACGACGGCUGCGGAGCUGAAGGACAUGAUUGUGCAGGAGGUGAUGCUGUACCACACACCAGGCACACCGGCAUACAUGAAUGCCCAAUUUGCUCUCGCGAAACGCACUGUCGUCCGCAGACCAUCCAACCCGCCAACAGCAGCAGCAGCAGCAUCAUCGUCAUCAUCGUCGUCUCAAACCGGAAACACGCGAGCACCCGCAGCAGCGGCACCAGCAACAACGGAGAAAGCACCACGUGAGCAUGGCGCAGCAAGUACCCGCAAACGCGAGGCAUCAUCAACAAUACCAGUAACAGGCGGGAGUGACGCGAGUAAUGGUGGUGGUGCUGCAAGCCAUGCAGGUGAUGGCACACAUGGUGGUGGUGGUGGUGGCGGCGGUGGUGGUGUACGCAGGAGCAGCGAGUCUGCCCACGAGCGGUUGAAGGCGAUGUUGCGCAGCCGGCGGUCAGCGAGCAAAGAGCAGUCCCCACAUGGGGUGGCAGCAGCAACAACAAGUGCAGUGAUGACGGCGCUGUCGGGUGCGACGAAGACAACAAAGGCUUCAACGAAGAAAACAGGUGGCCGUGGCCUCGCUGCACUUCAACAGCACGCAAGACAACAACAACAGCAGCAUGAUGUGGUGGGGUCUUCGGUAUCCGGGGUAGGCGGCAUUCAGGGCGCAGCUGCCAAGCGAACAGCGGCUGAGCGAAGCAAUGAGCCUGCUCCAACACCGGCAACUGCGAGAACAGCAGCAACUGCGAGAACAGCAGCAGCAGGAGGAGGAGGAGGUGAGUAUGGCACUGGUGCAGCUGUGAUGGUUGGUGGUGACAGUGUUUCCACGACAACUGCAGUCCCAACAACGACAACAGCAGCAGCAACAGCAACAACAACAAGCGGGUCAGCCCCAACAACCACCGCAACUGUCACGACAACGGCGCCAGGGGUGGCAUCGGCGGGAGACGUGGGUGGAGGCGACGAGCAGCCGCCGAAACGGAAGAAGCGCAAGGGCCGGCGACCGCUGAACAAAGCGUUGCACCCCGAUCCAACGCCAGAGACACGCGCGUCUCUCGCAGAGUUUCGCCGUUACUUCCAGCGCGGCAUGCAACAACCUCAACAACCCCAACAACAGCUGCUGCUGCAGCCAACACAGCCGCUGGUGUCACAAUAUGCACAGUUGUCUUCUGUCAACGCCGUCACAUCAACCGCCCCAGCAACAACAGCUGCUGCUGUUGUUGAUGUGCUGACAACCGCGCGCCCAACAAUGCCCGUGUACCAACAACAACAACAACAACAACAACAACAACAACAACAACAACAACAGCAGCAACAACAACAACAACAACAACAACAACAACAACAACAGUCACCCAUGCUGCCGUCAUUCCCGCUGCCGAUACCAUUGCACCAGCAUCAACAGCAGCACCUGCGCGGCACCAAUUCGCCCACCACACGCUUCAGCCCCCUCUUCGACCCUGGAGGUGCGAUUGCGCAGUCACUCCUGUGUUGUGAUUUGUAA